UGCCCAUUAAAUUGUUUUUCCGGCUUUCUUCUGAUUACGUAAUACGUAAUAGUUUCCUGUUUUGUAACGACUCCAACGUGGUUGUUACAAAACGGAGACUAGGUCAUUAUACAAACCUGCAACAAAGCGCUGCUUAAAGAUCCCGGUAAGGGUUACCAGGAAUGACUCAGGUGUGUAUUCACUGGUUCCGUAAGGGACUCCGGUUACAUGACAACCCAGCACUGAUUGCUGCUCUGGAAGACUGUAAGGAGCUGUACCCUGUGUUCAUCCUGGACCCUUACCUUCAUAACACCCAGGUAGGCAUCAACCGCAGGAGGUUCCUCAUCGGGGCACUCAAAGACUUGGACUGCAGCCUGAGGAAACUCAACUCCAGACUGUUUGUCCUGAGGGGAAAACCAGAAGAUGUGUUCCUAAAAUUGUUCAAGGAGUGGAAAGUAAGAAAGUUGACAUAUGAAUAUGACACAGAGCCGUACAGUCUAAACCGUGAUGAAAAGGUGACCAGUCUGGCAGGAAAACAUGCUGUCGAAGUCAUCUACAAAAUCUCCCAUACUCUUUACAAUAUAGAGAGGAUAAUUGAAGAAAAUGGUGGGAAACCUCCUCUUACUUACAAACGUUUUCAAGCAAUAGUUCAAAAGCUUGGUCCACCCAAGAAACCAAUCUCUGCUCCACAUUUGGAAAAUAUGAAAGAUGUUAAGACUCCUUGCUCAGAGAAAUUCGAAGAGAAAUACGGGAUUCCAACACCAGAGGAGCUUGGCCUGGAAUCAACGUCUCUUGGAGAGGAGCUGUUUCCAGGAGGAGAACAGGAGGCUCUUAGGAGACUAGAUGAACACAUGAAAAAAACGGCAUGGGUGUGCAGCUUUGAGAAGCCACAGACUUCUCCAAACUCCCUGAGCCCCAGCACCACAGUCCUCAGUCCAUACAUCACCUUUGGGUGCCUUUCAGCAAGCACAUUCUGGUGGAGGCUCACUGAGGUGUAUCAGGGGAGAAAGCACUCGGACCCUCCAGUGUCCCUUCAUGGUCAGUUACUCUGGAGAGAGUUCUUCUACACCGGCAGUGUGGGAAUCAAUAAUUUUAACAAGAUGGAGGGCAACCCAGUGUGCAUACAGGUGGAUUGGGACACAAACCCAGAAUAUUCAGCUGCAUGGAGAGAGGCUCGGACUGGUUUCCCAUUCAUUGAUGCAAUCAUGACUCAGCUGAGGCAAGAGGGCUGGAUCCACCACCUGGCCCGACAUGCUGUCGCUUGUUUUUUGACUAGGGGAGACCUGUGGAUCAGCUGGGAAGAGGGACAAAAGGUCUUUGAAGAGCUCUUACUGGAUGGAGACUGGGCUCUGAAUGCAGGAAACUGGCAGUGGCUGUCGGCAAGUGCUUUUUUCCACCAGUUUUUCAGGGUUUACUCCCCCAUCGCAUUUGGUAAAAAGACAGACAAAAAUGGAGACUAUAUUAAAAAGUACCUCCCUGUUCUAAAGAAGUUUCCACCAGAGUACAUUUAUGAGCCUUGGAAGGCUCCCCGCUGUGUCCAGCAUGCUGCGGGAUGCAUUGUGGGCAAAGACUACCCACAUCCAAUUGUACAGCACGAACAGGUCAGCAAGAAAAACAUUCAGAGGAUGAAGGAGGCUUAUGCUAAGAGGUCUUCAAACAGCAAUGAGUCACCUAUCAAAGAGCAAGGUGUGAAGCGAAAGGCUCUGUCUGUUUCUGAAAUGCCCCAGAAGAAGAUCAGGAAAGAGUAAUGGGACACAAGGAACAAAUGAAUGAUGCAUUCAGUAGCUAUCAACAAGCAAUCUCCUUCAGAGGUCACUGAAUAUAUUAAGAGUUUGGUGUCCCUGCAGAAUAAAUGCUCUAUCUGACCAGGAAA